UGUGAGUCAGUCAUUCUUGUUGCUGCCUGCGCUCCCCAUCAGGAUGGCCUGCGUCCCGCGUGCAUUUGGGGGCAUUUCUACAGGCCUGUUCCUCUUAGCGCUUUGGGGUGUGGUUCCGGGGGACAAGCUGCUGGUGGUCCCUCAGGAUGGAAGCCACUGGCUCAGUAUGAAGGACAUUGUUGAGGUGCUCAGUGGCAGGGGCCAUGACAUCCUGGUGCUGGUGCCAGAGGUCAACCUGCUCCUGAAGGAAUCCCCACACUACACCAGGAGAACCUUCGCGGUGCCGUACGGUCAGGAGGAGCUGCGGCGGCGAUUCCUCGCCUUCGGGAACCAGCAGUUCGCCGAGAGGUCUCUCCUGAACGCCAGCCUGGUGGAGUACAGGAACAACAUGAUUGUCUUGGACAUGUUCUUCGCCAACUGCCAGAGCCUCCUGCAGGACUCGGCCACCCUGCGCUUCCUCAGGGACAGCCAGUUCGACGCCCUUUUCACAGACCCGGCCAUGCCCUGCGGGGUGAUCCUGGCCGAGUACCUGGGCCUGCCCUCCGUGUACCUGUUCCGGGGCUUCCCGUGUUCCCUGGAGCACACGUUCAGCCGCAGCCCCAACCCCGUGUCCUACGUUCCCAGGUGCUACACCCAGUUCUCCGACCGGAUGACUUUCCCCCAGCGGGUGGCCAACUUCCUCGUCAGCCACCUGGAGAGCUUUCUGUUCUACUGCCUGUAUUCAAAGUACGAGCACCUGGCCUCAGCCCUCCUCGAGAGGGACGUGCACUUGCCCGCCCUGUACCGCAAGGUCUCCAUCUGGCUGCUGAGGUACGACUUUGUGUUUGAGCACCCCAGGCCGGCCCUGCCCAACAUGGUCUUCAUCGGGGGGAGCAACUGCAAGAAGAAGGGCGUCCUGUCUCAGGUCGGUGGCUCGAUGUCGUGGCAACGGUGCUGUGCCGCCGCUCUCUGCUGCACACUCGUUUGGCCCCUCCAGCGACCGUCAGGCGGGAGGGCUGCCUGGAAUGGGGUGCCCGGCUCGGAGUAGGGGGUGAGGGGGCCCUGAGGCCGAGCUGUUGAUUAAUGCAGAGGCUUCGAAGGAAGACAGGGCUUCGGCAGGCGACAGCAGGAGAUGGCCUUGGCUAGGUAGUCCGGGGACAUCCGUGGCUGAGCCUGGGAAGUCUCCAGGCUAAACCCUACCCCUACCCGUUGAAGACGCAGGUGAGGGCUUGUGCAGGAGGACACAGAGUAAGAGAUCAGUCCAGGCCAGAACCGGUUCUCCCGACUCCCUGUCACGCUGUUUGCGCCGGCCCUGACCCGGGGCUCAGCAAACUACAGCCGCUGAAGCUCGUCAGCCCGGAGGCCUGGGGCUGUAGGGCCCAGAGCCAGGAAUGCUUUUCAUGUUUUCAAAGGGGUGUUAGAAACAACAGUAAGAAAUGGGGGACAGCGGGGUACGUGGCCCACUACGCCUACAGGGUGACGAGCUAACCCUUUACAGAGAAGGUGUGUUGACCUCUGACCCGAGGCGGGUGUGUGGGGGUGCCCUCAGAUGCUGGGG